AGCCUCUCUGCCCGCCCCAGAGCCUAUCCCUUUAAAUGACAGCUGUGGCUCCAGUCCCGGUUCGGGGCUUGACGUCAGUGCCACCUCCUGGGCUGCGAGUAGUUAGCGCCGGCGCCGGCGCUCCUGGCUGGGGCGCGCUAGCUCGCCAGCAGCCGGGGGUGAGUUUUCUUUGCUCGAGCCCCGCCUCCUGCCCGCCCCCUCGGAGAGCCGCGCGCAGCCCCCGAACCUCUCCAAGUCUCUAGCACACUUGCAGCCGGUUGCCCCAAAGGAGCAGCAGUGCCCGCGGUGCUCCAUUCCAGAGCUUCUCUGCCCGAUGGAGCUCGGGCGCUGCCGACGCCGCUGCUGCCCGGAACCCUAAGCCUGUCCGGGUGUCCGGAGGACCGUGCCGGCCAGUCCGAGAGUGCAAGAGUGCCCGGGCGCACACCGAGGACAGGGGGCCUCGAGGUUCUGAGAAGCACGCCGUGCCGCUCGCCUGGGUUACCUGGCCGGCGGCAGGGACCAUGGCUCUGAAGGACACGGGCAGCGGCGGCAGCACCAUCCUCCCCAUCAGCGAGAUGGUGUCCGCGUCCAGUUCUCCUGGCGCUCCUCUGGCCGGCGCCCCGGGGCCCUGCGCUCCGUCGCCCUUCCCCGAGGUAGUGGAGCUGAAUGUUGGCGGCCAGGUCUAUGUGACCAAGCACUCGACGCUGCUCAGCGUCCCGGACAGCACUCUGGCCAGCAUGUUCUCGCCCUCUAGCCCCCGGGGCGGCGCUCGGCGCCGGGGCGAGUUGCCCAGGGACAGCCGCGCGCGCUUCUUCAUCGACCGCGACGGCUUCCUCUUUCGGUACGUUCUGGAUUACCUGCGCGACAAGCAGCUGGCGCUGCCCGAGCACUUCCCCGAGAAGGAGCGGCUCCUGCGCGAGGCAGAGUUCUUCCAGCUCACCGACCUGGUCAAGCUGCUGUCGCCCAAGGUCACCAAGCAGAACUCGCUCAACGACGAGGGCUGCCAGAGCGACCUGGAGGACAACGUUUCCCAGGGCAGCAGCGACGCACUGCUGCUGCGUGGGGCGGCGGCCGGCGGCGCGCCCUCGGGCCCUGGAGCGCACGGUGUCAGUGGCGUUGUCGGGGGCAGCAGCGCUCCGGACAAGCGCUCUGGCUUCCUCACCCUGGGCUACCGUGGUUCCUACACCACAGUGCGCGACAACCAGGCAGAUGCCAAGUUCAGGCGUGUGGCGCGCAUCAUGGUAUGCGGGCGCAUAGCCUUGGCCAAAGAGGUCUUUGGGGACACUCUUAAUGAGAGUCGCGACCCUGACCGGCAGCCCGAGAAGUACACGUCCCGCUUCUACCUCAAGUUCACCUACUUGGAGCAGGCGUUCGAUCGACUGUCUGAGGCCGGCUUCCACAUGGUGGCGUGCAACUCCUCUGGCACCGCCGCCUUUGUCAACCAGUACCGAGACGACAAGAUCUGGAGCAGUUAUACCGAGUACAUCUUCUUCCGUAAGUUAGCAACCUACCUACCUAUGCAUCUCACACCCUUUCUCCACCAUGCCAAUUUGAUGCGGGAGGAGCCCCGCUGUGUCCAGGAAGGGACGUUCUUUUCUGGAGUGCCCUGGCGGUGAGCCUGCUAAUCUGUAUUAGCAGGUCUCCCUCCAGCAUCCCUUGAGCAGUGCAGAGUAAGCCCUGGGUCCUCCCGCAUUCCUGGAUUCAGGUUCUCUUCCUGAACUUAUUGAUCCUGCCCUCUUGCCCCGCCUAGCUCCAGGAUGCUCUGGUCACCCUCCAAUGUACAGGGUUAAGAGGAGAGAGAGCACGGUCUGUGCCUGUAGGUCAUCCUCCUCUUAUCUGAUGAGAUGUGAGUUUAGGGCUUCAGUUUAUUUGAGCCUGGAGAACUGGCACGGAGACAGCGCAGCGCAUGCCAUGCCAGGAUUAUCUCCUGUGGUGUGUUCCCGCGCAAGAGCUCCAGUUGCUUGUGGUUUUGGAAGGGGGCAACUCAAGAGAUGGUGACUGUACGUCUAGAUCACCUCCUCUUAGGAGCUAGCACACGAGGGCUGCUAAUGUAACAUAGUCUCCAUUAGCUAGUAACAAGAUAGGUUUUCCUUUGUCGCUUACCUCCAGUGCAAGUGUCCGAUGUUUUGGACAAGGGUCAGAGGGGAGAGAUGAGUUAUGGCUUCUGAGUGCAAGCGCGUGUGCUUGUG